AUGGACUUCGUGGUUCUUGCGGACGAGGCGUCGACGGUCAAGCAGGAGAAGCUUGAGAUCGAUCGACGUCGGGGUGUAGGCUCGAGUGUGCUGACACUCAGUUCAGACCGCCUGUGCGGCCGGAUCAGAGGAGUGGGGCGCAGCCUGGAGCAGCGACUUGCGCUGCUGAAGGCUGACCUCCGGCGGCUCAGUGAUCCGAAGCAGAGGCUGAUGCCUUGCGUCUGGGAUGCCUGGGUGGGGUUCACCAGGCAGGCCAGGAAGCGCCAGCAACCAGCGUUGCAGAUGCGUGAAGUGCAGCGCACGGCCUUCGCGGCGGCGCGCUGCCUCCGAGCGUGGGCGGAGGCAGCAAGGCCUCUUCGGCCAGCAGAGACGGCUGACCAGGUGCUGGCUGCGAAAAGCUUGCACCCUGCCCUGGAACGGCUGGCUGCAGGCCUCUACGAGCUUGAGCGGAGCUCGGCGGCCAAGGAGUCGGAGCUUCUGCGCCUGGCCACGCGCCUCAGCCGAGCACUGUUUGAGGAACUCCAGGACGCCCGGCACUCGCUGGCCUACGCCCAGGAGCGCCUGUCCCACCUGCAGAUUCUUGUGGCCAAUGAUCGCCGCAAGCAGAUGGGCGGCUCCUGGCUCACCUUUGUGCUGCCGGGGGUCUCGGUGGCUGCGAACUUCGGCGGAGCUGCGCCCGGCCUCCACAGCCCGCACUGCGCGUUGCCCGGCGCCGGGCACAGCGCAGGUUGCAAGGUCGCCUACGGGAAGAAGGCAGGCUUCCGUUUGUCGCCGUCGCCCUUCAGCUCGGAUGGUUUUUUCGUCGCUGCGGUUGACGAGCUCAACUGCCAGGCCCCAACCCUGGGAAGGAGUUUGGUGCACCGACGUGGUGAGGUCUAUGGACAGGAAACCACGUCCACGCUGCCGGUGGAGGUUCUUGGGGCUGCACUGCGCCGGCAUCAGAUCUCGCCAGAAUACGUUCUGGACCUUUGUGCCGCUCCCGGCAGCAAGGCCACGCAGCUCAUGUCGCAGCUGCCCAGGGGUACGGUGCUGAUAGCCAACGAAUUCCGUGAGGAUCGCGCCCGACUUCUCAGAGCCAACCUGCUCCGCUCCGGGGCCUCCCAGGCCUUCGUCUCGAGCCUUGACGGCCGCCUCUUUGGUGAGCUUUGCCCUGAAGCUUUCGAUGCCAUCCUCGUGGAUGCGCCUUGCUCCGGCGAGGGCAACAUCCGCAAGGACCCAAAGGCAUUCGACCGCUGGGCCGGGCAAGAUGCUGCAUCGCAAUGUCAAGUGCAGUCGGAACUGCUCCGCUCAGCUUGGGUUGCACUGCGGCCAGGGGGUGUGCUGGUGUACUCCACUUGCACCCUGAACGCCUUCGAGAACGAGAACCAGUCCCAAAGCUUGCUGGACACCUUCCCCGAUGCUGAGCUGCAGAGCGGGCUCGGAUGCCAGCUCGGCCUGGCAGAGCUGGAGACGCCCGAUGGCCUCCUCAGGGUGUGGCCUCACACACUCAACGUGGAGGGUUUCUUCGUUGCCUGCUUUCGCAAGAAGGCUGGAGGAGGAGUUCCUCAGAGCCAGGGGAGCGAACUGUGGCCGCAGUUUCACAGGCUGCCAGAGACAGAAGCCUCGGCGGUCAGGGCUCGCGCCAUCAAGGACCUUGGCUCCUUUCCCUCUUCUGCACCGCUGCUCCGUGAGCGCCACCAGGGCGACGUCUGGCUUUGCGCUUUUCCAUGCUGGCCGCCGCCAGCAGCUUUUGCCCGGUUGAGCAGCCUGGUGCAGCCCGGCAUCUGCAUCGUGGAUGCCAGUGGUGCUCUGACAAACGAGAUUCGCUUGGUGGUCGGUGGCAGCAGCCUCACAUCCGAGGAGUGGUUGGAACUACAUGAAAAAGCCGGAGGAGGUCUCGGGGCCAAAAGCCUUGCCCUUCGUGGCCUCGGCGGCGCGGAAGCGCGACGCAGCCUCGAGGAGAUGCGCGCAAAUCUCGUGACACCAGACGUGGUGAGCUACAACACUGUCCUGGAUGCAUUUGCCAAAGAAGCAGAUGCGGCAAGCGCCCAACAGGUCAUGGACGAGAUGGUCGCGACGACAGUGAGGCCUGGCGUGAUCAGCCACACGAUCCUGAUUGAAGCCCACGCUCGCGCAGGGAACAGCGCCGCAGCUGAAGAGGCCUUCGAAGCGAUGCGACCUGCAAGGCUAGAGCCCAACGAGGUGACCUACACUGCUUUGCUCCGCGCACGCAUCGCGGCCGGCGACCAGGCCGGUGCCCAGCUCCUGGCCGUGGAGGGAAGGCUAAACGAGGUGGGCUUCACACUGCUUAUCAAUGCAUAUGCCAUGUCGGGCGAUGUCCGUGGUGCAAAGGAUGCUUUCGAGUUGCUCAGCAAGCAGUCGAGGCCAAACCUGGCUUCGUACACUGCCUUGAUGAAAGCCUAUGCAAAGGCAAGGGAUGCACGUGGCGCCGAUGAAGUGCUGGCGCAGAUUCAAAAGCACAGUCUGCAGCCGAAUUCGGCGACCUAUGCCACACUCAUAUCGGCGCAGGCUAAGGCUCAGCAGCUGCCGCGUGCCCUGGAGCUCUUCCGAUUGCAGGGACAGCCCACGCUCGCAAGCGGCACAGCUCUCAUCUCUGCAUACUCCAGGCAAAAAGACUCAGCGGGGGCACAGCGCGUGCUCGACGAAAUGCUGUCGGCCUCGAUCAGGCCCGAUGGCGUCUGCAUCAGGCAGCUGGAGUUCGCCAAAGUGCGGGCAGUUCCCCCGGUCCCAGAGGAUCUCUCGGAGUUUUUGGGUCACAGCGUGGCCAUGAUACAGUCAACGACAAAAUUAGAGUUGAAGGGCACUCUUCUGGGCACCUCGCUCGGCUGCCUUGGCGGCUUUGUGCGCUUCUUCCUGGGCAAGGCAGAUUCGAAGGCCAAGUCCUCUUCUGCGCCACUCGCAGCUCCCCUGCACCGGGGCCGCGGCUUGGGCUUUGCGGAGACAGAGGGUGAGCGCCGGCCAGAUGCGGCACGCUUCGUGUCACGGCGCCUCCUGGGGGAGGCGGCAGGGACUUCUCCUACAUGCCAGCAGCGGAGGUGGCAGAUCGUGAGACAGGUUCUUCAUGAGAAGGCCUUCCUGGAUCUGCUGUCCAGAUUUCUAGCAGAGGCUCGCCUGGGUCGGCUUCAGACGACCCCAAAGUAUGGGCCAGCCAAGGAGCACUUUGCAGCAACUCUGGUCGAGGACGAGCUGGCCUGUUUCGCCGGCAGCCAUGGCCCUUUGAAGAUAGAGGUGCUGGAGUUUGAGACGGGUCGACCAAAUUUAAAGGUCACCUACCCAGGGCUGGAAGAUGGCGACACGGUUGCCUUCGUCAGCCAUUUUGAUGUCCCUGCCUGGGCACAGCCGGAGAUCUCCUUGCCCAGUGGCGGAUGCUGUGAACGGUUUCUGUAUGGGCCAUUGGGCAACGUGCCGCUUCGCGGCCCCGGAGUGGCAGGCCUUGCCCACACCACUCUACUCGUCCUUCUCCUCAGCGAGCUGGCUCGCUCACGGCCGCGCCUUCAGCGGAGCGUCGUCUGCCUGUUUCUUGCGGCGCAGCGUACCGGCGAGGGCCGCGUUGGUGCUGCCGAGGUACUGAAAGGCGAGUCGCUGGAAGAGCUUCGACGAGGGCCGAUAUUUUGGCUGGAUGCUGGAGCUUCAUUGCGCGAGGAACGGAGGGGCUCGUCGGCGCCGCUGUGCGUUGGCGCCUUGGGCUCCCUGGCCUGGUCCUUGCACAUUAGACCACAGACGGCGGUCAGCUCGAUUGAGCUGGCGGCCCAAGCCCUGUCGCACAUUCAGGAGUCGUUUGCCAAGAAUGUCACAGAGCUUGCGCCCGAGGUCGCCGGAGCCAGCCCCGAGACCGCCACCUUCAUGCGGCCGGCCCAGAUUGAGCACCAGAAGGAGGAUCCCUCGUUGUCGUGCCAGACCAAUGUGUCCGGCAUUAUUCGAGUAGCACCUGGUCGCCCAGUGGUGGAGAUCAUCGCCUCGGUCCAGGAGUCUGUUGCAGAAGCGAAUCUUCGUCAUGCCAAUCCAGGAGGCACAGGAGGUGGGCUCGCUCGUCGCAUAACUCCCAGCGAUGCGGAGGACGAGGCUGUGCGGCGGAAACCUCGACGCCGCUCGCAGCGCGACCGCUCACCCCCGCCGCUGCCGGUGUCAGGUGCUGAUGUUGGCGCAGUACCACAGGUGAGUGUUCAGAUCACCUGGGCUCAGCGGCCAGUCGUGGAGAAGGGCAGUACACCUCGACCGAGGAGGUACAUCCUGCCAUGGGGUCGCUCACGGCAGGCUUGCGUACACAGCCGUCACCUGAAAGGCACUACAUCAAUAUAG